AUGGGCCUGGGACCUGCUGCCUUAUUCAUCUUGAUGCUGUUCAUCAAAGGCCUGAUCACUCAUGCUGCUGACACCUGCCCAGAAGUGAAAGUCCUGGAUCUGGAGGGUUCCAACAAGCUUGCCAUCCUUCGAGGCUGCCCUGGGCUGCCUGGAGCCCUGGGGCCCAAGGGAGAAGCAGGUGCCAAAGGAGAUAGAGGAGAGAAUGGCCUCCCUGGACACCCUGGGAAGGCAGGACCAAUGGGCCCCAAAGGAGACCGAGGAGAAAAGGGAGUACGUGGAGAGAAAGGAGACACCGAGCCAUCUCAGUCAUGUGCUACAGGACCUCGGGCCUGCAAGGAAUUGCUCACCCGGGGCUACUUUCUUACUGGCUGGUAUACCAUCUACCUGCCAGAUUGCAGGCCCCUGACUGUGCUGUGUGACAUGGAUACUGAUGGUGGAGGCUGGACUGUCUUCCAGAGGAGGCUCGACGGCUCUGUGGACUUCUUUCGGGACUGGGCCUCCUACAAGCAGGGCUUCGGCAGUCAGCUGGGGGAGUUCUGGCUGGGGAAUGACAACAUCCACGCCCUAACCACCCAGGGAACCAGUGAGUUGCGAGUGGAUCUUACAGACUUUGAAGGAAAGCAUGAGUUUGCCAAGUACAGCUCCUUCCAGAUCCAAGGAGAGGCUGAGAAAUACAAGCUCAUCCUGGGAAAAUUUGUUGGAGGUGGUGCUGGUGACUCCCUGACUCCCCAAAACAACCAGUUUUUUUCUACCAAAGACCAAGACAAUGACCAGAGUUCUUCCAGCUGUGCGCUAACAUUUCGUGGAGCCUGGUGGUACUCUGAUUGUCACAGUUCCAACCUGAAUGGCCUCUACCUCAGGGGUCCCCAUAAGAGCUAUGCAAAUGGUGUCAAUUGGAAGACAUGGAGAGCAUACAACUAUAGCUACAAGGUUUCUGAGAUGAAGGUUCGCCUCACCUAG